CUGAAACAAACUCGUUUUGCUAAAUUGUUUAAGCACAUCUAACAUAUAACACAACCAAGUAGAGUUAACACCGUUUCGACUCGAGCCAAAUUUCGACUAGAGGCUGUCAUGGAGACCGAAAUGGAAGUGGCUAGCGCUAUGCUGCAAGCGAGCGAUACGCAGCCGGCGGUGCUGCCAGGCGAAAGUCUGCCCUGGCCAAAGGACGUGUGCCUCUACCAGCCGCUGGAGGAGACGCAGCUGCUGCUGCCGGAGCAGGCCAGCUGCCUGGCCGUGAAGACCUAUCUGCGCAUGUGCCGGCUGCCGUACACGGAGCGCCAGUGCGACAAUGCGGAGUUCAUGUCGACGGGCGGGAGGCUGACCAAGCUGCCGCUGAUGCGUCUCGGACGCCGUCUCUUCGCCGAGUUCGAGCCGAUUGUGGUGCACGUGGAGUGCACGCAGCUGGCGAACGCGGUGAGCUCUUGGAUGGGCUUCGAGGAGCGCGAGGAUAUGCGCAGCGAGGUGACCUACGUGGAGAACACAUUCACUCUCGCCGAGUUGCAUCAGUGCUUCAAGGAGGCGUCGAUCUAUGCCGAUCACACCCAGCCGCGCAUCGGCUCCGCCCAUCCCUGGCCGCUGAGCAGCAUCCGGCGGCGCGAGAAGAGCGAGGAGGCGCUGCGCCUCCUGCGCGUCUACCAGUGGGACGAGCUGAGCACGCGCGGCGUCCAGGUCCAGCUGCAGCAGUGCUGCCAGCUGCUCAGCGACAAGCUGGAGGCGCACGAGUCGAACGGCAAGCUCAGCGCCAACUAUCUCUAUGGCCAGCAGCUGUGCGAGCUGGACGCCCUCGUCUUCGGGCAUGUGGCCUCCAUUCUGAACAGCCAGCUGGCCUGCCCUAUGCUGAGCGACACGGUGCGCGCCUAUCCGCGUCUCGUCGCCCACAGCCGUGGCAUCGAUCAGGUCUACCACCAGGGCAAGCAGCUGGGAGGCCAGGAGUAGCAGCGCAGCUCGAGGCACCACGACGACGAAAUACCCUUUUAAAUUCUUCAAGUGAACGCAACCUCCACUCUAUUCUAGUCAAGUGAGCGACUGUCCAAGGCCCAUCAAUGAAUGUGGGCAAAGUGUUGGCUCAGUCGGCUAGGGUCAACUUUUGCACUUAUUAUUGUUACUUUUUGUUUUUAUUAUGGAGCUGGGCUGCUUCGAGCACAAUCAAAAAUAUGC